AUGUUCUCGUUGAAAUUGGGAAGUGUGGCUCCAAAAUUGAUAGGGUGUAGUGACAACCAUAAUCUUAAGGACGAAUCGAAGGAACCAAUUUUGAAGGGAGCCCAUUAUGCUAAGGAAUCAGCAGUGUCUGAAAAAGGUCGAAUUACAAGUGAUCUUACUAAAUCUUAUAAAACAUCCAACCUUGAAGCUGAAACCACAAAGAAUAUUGAUCAGAUUGAUGAAUUCAACAAAAAAGAUAGCAAAGAGAAAAGCAACCAAGAUGCUGUAAAGAGAAGGACUACUAGGUCAAAGGCACGUUCUGUUCAAGACGAAAGAGACAAUCUUGAAGCAAAUAGCACAAAGAUUGAUUCUGCUCAGGAAUCCAGUGAGUUUUAUUGUGGGAUUAAAAGCUUGGCAUUUUCUACUCAGUAUGGAUCCGAAGAAGGAAAAGAUAGUAGGAAUAAAGGGUUGGCUGAAUUGGAGAGUGGUGAAGGAGGAGAGCUGACAUUGACCGGUUACAGUGGAGAUAUUGAAGCAGAAACAGAAGAAGAGUCAAAGGAAGAUGAUUCUGAGGAAAAAGGGUUUCUUAGUGCUGAUAAUAUUGAAGAGUCUGAUCCAGAAUUUAAAGAACUGUUACAAACUUCUGAGAGUGACGCAAAAAAUACAGAACAGGGACAAGAAAAAGGGAGUGAAGAAGGUUUUGUUAUGAAGAAGAAGAAGGCUCUCCUUGAAUGGAAAGAAGAUAUUUCCUCUAACGAUCUUGAGCUACAAGGUUCUGAUGGUUCUAGAGAUAUUUUGACUAAUAUGAAAGGAUUGGAAGAAGAAAUGCGAAAAUUUGACGUCGAAUGUGGAAGUGAAGAUGAAAGUUACCAACUCAAGAAUGAAGAAGAUGAUGUGAAGUUGAUGAAUAAAGCUGAGAAAAAUCAAAAUCCACCAAAAACGAGUUUCAUGGAAUGGUUAAGGGGACAUGUUCAAUUAUAUGAAGAUUGGGACACUGUCAAAGAAAUCAAGGCUAAAGUAGUUAAACUGGCAGCUGAGCUUUCUCAUUUGCUUGUUAAUCUCAUGUUUUCAUUGCCAAAGAUUGACUUAGUGGACACAAUGUUUCAAAGAUUCCUUAAUUCGCUAAAAUAUCAAUGUAAGGAUGAGGAUUCGAAGGUAAUUCACAGAAUCAUGCUUCUACUGGAAUUCAUUGAUGAAGAAGCAAAAAAGUUUGAAAAGUUAAAGGAGGUGGACACUCUUGAAGAGUCCUCAGAUACUGAUGAGGAUGAUGAAUUUCAUCGCAAAGAACCAGAUCAAGAGCUGUUUGUCAAGGACUUACUAUCUCUACUCAAAGAUGAUCUCAAGGAAUGUGAGAAAGAGCUAGAAAGUAUAGCAUCAAGGGUUGAUGAAUUGAAGGCAGAGUAUGGAUGUAUUUUGGGGCCAAAGGAUCAGAAAUACAUAUAUGAAGUGAUAAAGUUAAAGAUAAAUGAAUUGUGGAACCCAUAG